AUCUGACACCUGGGGGCUGGGACUUGGGAGUUGGGAGCAGUGGGAGGACUGGUAUCUGACGUAUCCUAACGGCGGAUACCGGAUACAGCAUACAGCAUACAUCAUACAGCAUACAGCGAGAUCUGUACGUCAAAAGGUACGAGCGGCCGCUUAUAUUUUGAAGGUGUUAUUUCCACUUUGACCUCUCGACGGAGCUGGAUUUGACCGCACGGGACUCAAUAUGUUGGCCCUCAUCAAUCGGAUCUUGGACUGGUUCAAGUCUCUCUUCUGGAAGGAAGAGAUGGAACUCACUCUCGUCGGUCUGCAGUACAGUGGGAAGACUACCUUCGUGAAUGUCAUAGCGUCGGGACAAUUUAGCGAAGAUAUGAUACCGACGGUAGGCUUUAACAUGCGCAAAAUAACCAAAGGAAAUGUCACUAUAAAAGUAUGGGACAUCGGUGGUCAACCAAGGUUUAGAUCUAUGUGGGAGAGAUAUUGUAGAGGAGUAAACGCCAUAGUUUACAUGGUGGAUGCAGCUGAUUCAGAAAAGAUCGAGGCAAGCCGCAAUGAGUUACACAAUUUGUUGGAUAAGCCACAAUUGUCUGGGAUACCAGUGUUGGUUCUGGGUAAUAAAAGGGAUCUACCUCAUGCAUUGGACGAGAAUGGGCUUAUAGAAAGAAUGAAUCUAUCUGCGAUUCAGGACCGUGAGAUUUGUUGCUACAGUAUUUCGUGUAAAGAAAAAGACAAUAUCGAUAUUACGUUACAGUGGCUCAUAGCGCAUUCAAAAAGUGGAGUUCGUUAAUACUCUUAAAAUAUCCCAUUUGUUAGUAUCGGCGAGUCUUUGAUACUGAUAACAGUAUAGGGAUCACGUGUGAAACGAGCGCAUUGAGCAAACUUCGUUCAAAACUGAGUCAUUAUUGUAGAAAACUACUUGAGCUUUAGCUGAUCUAAGUUGGAUGGUGCGAAUAUGCCAUGGUAAAAUUUAAAAAAAAAAUCAUGCUUGUAUGCCAAGAAUAUGCUCGUGUGACGUAUACCGUAAGGCACUUAUUUCCCGCGAGCACAUUAGUAAUAAGAAACAAUUUUUUAUAUUUUCGUUUUAGAUAAGUCCAAGAAUAUAUUCCAAUACUUAAUAACAAUUAAAUAUAAUUAGUAUCUCUGUAUUUUCUAUGAUUGCCGCUAUUGUGUAAAGCUGAAAUAAUACCAACAUAAUCGCAGUUAAUUAUUGUGAUAUUAUAGUCUAGAUGUCGACAUUCUGAUUUUGUCUUGUACCCUC